GCCACGCAUUUUCUUCUUCAGAGUCUCUCUCUCAACUCCCAACUACUUUGCAUUCAACGCACCAACUUCCGAGACGAGAGACUCACCAUUCUCUUUCUACCUUCCUUCGUUCAAUUACUUCAACACAUUCAUCCACCUUGCCAUCGCCAUGGAAGAUUCAAGCUCCAUGAAGAUUUCCCCUCUGGAUCUCAUGUCCGCCAUGAUCAAGGGCACGCUCGACCCCUCCAACAUCUCCUCAACCAACGCCUCCGCUGCCACCGUCUUUCUUGAGAACCGCCAGUUCGUCAUGAUCCUCACCACCUCCAUCGCCGUACUCAUCGGCUGCGUCGUCGUCUUCGUAUGGCGGAGAUCUUCCGCCCCCAAGCCCAAGCCUCUCGAGCCUCCCAAGCGCGUCAUCGAGAAGCUUCCUGAGAUUGAGCUCGACGACGGUACCAAGAAGGUCACCAUCUUCUUUGGCACUCAGACCGGCACCGCCGAAGGCUUCGCCAAGGCCGUAGCGGAAGAGGCCAAAGCGCGAUACGAGAAGGCCACUUUCAGAGUCAUCGAUUUGGAUGAUUACGCGGCCGAUGACGAAGAGUACGAGGCAAGGUUCAAGAAGGAAACGCACGUUCUUUUCUUUUUAGCCACAUAUGGCGAUGGUGAGCCUACUGAUAAUGCGGCAAGGUUUUAUAAAUGGUUUAUGGAGGGGGGUGAGAAAGGAGAAGGAUGGCUUAAGAAUCUUCACUAUGGUGUGUUUGGCCUCGGAAACAGGCAGUAUGAGCAUUUUAACAAGGUGGCUAUAGAAGUGGAUGAAUUGUUUGCUGAGCAAGGUGGGAAUCGUCUUUUGCGAGUGGGUCUUGGAGACGAUGAUCAAUGUAUUGAGGAUGACUUUACUGCAUGGAAAGAAGAACUGUGGCCAGCAUUGGACGAACUGCUUAGAGAUGAGGAUGAUACAACUGUCUCUACGCCUUAUACUGCUGCUGUUUUGGAGUACCGGAUUGUUAUUCAUGAUCCAUUGGAAGUGUCUGUUGAUGAAAAGAAGUGGCAUAAUGUAAAUGGUCACGCUGUUGUGGAUGCUCAACAUCCAGUCAGAGCAAAUGUGGCUGUACGUAAGGAGCUUCACACUCCUGCAUCUGAUCGAUCUUGUACUCAUUUGGAAUUUGAGAUUUCAGGAACUGGAGUUGCAUAUGAAACAGGGGACCAUGUUGGUGUUUAUUGUGAGAAUUUGUCUGAAACUGUGGAAGAGGCAUUAAGGUUAAUAGGUUUGUCACCAGAUACAUAUUUCUCUAUCCAUGCUGAUGGUGAAGAUGGGAAACCACUUAGCGGAAGCUCCUUGCCGCCUCCAUUCCCACCUUGUACUCUAAGAACUGCAAUUGCACGAUAUGCGGAUGUUUUGAGUUCACCCAAAAAGUCUGUCUUGCUUGCCUUAGCUGCUCAUGCAUCUGAUUCAUCUGAAGCUGAUCGUCUAAGGCAUCUUGCCUCACCUGCCGGAAAGGAUGAAUAUUCAGAGUGGGUGAUUGCCUCUCAGAGAAGUCUCCUUGAGGUCAUGGCUGAAUUUCCAUCAGCCAAACCUCCAAUUGGUGUCUUUUUUGCGGCAGUUGCUCCUCGUCUGCAGCCAAGAUUUUAUUCAAUCUCCUCAUCUCCAAGAAUGGCGCCAAACAGAAUUCAUGUUACUUGUGCAUUAGUAUGUGAUAAAAUGCCCACCGGAAGGAUUCACAAAGGAGUGUGUUCUACGUGGAUGAAGAAUUCUGUGCCAUUGGAGAAAAGCACGGACUGCAGUUGGGCUCCUAUCUUUGUUAGGACGUCCAACUUUAGACUACCUGCUGAUAAUAAAGUGCCUAUAAUCAUGAUUGGUCCUGGCACCGGAUUGGCUCCUUUCAGGGGUUUCCUGCAGGAAAGAUUAGCUCUGAAAGAAGAAGGAGCUGAACUUGGCCCCUCUGUUUUAUUCUUUGGGUGCAGGAACAGUAAAAUGGACUACAUCUAUGAAGACGAGUUGAAUCGGUUCAUUAAUACUGGCGCACUUUCUGAACUCAUUGUUGCCUUCUCACGGGAGGGACCCACCAAGGAAUAUGUGCAACAUAAAAUGAUGGAGAAGGCUUCGGAAAUUUGGAGUAUGGUAUCUCAGGGAGCUUACAUAUAUGUGUGCGGUGAUGCCAAGGGCAUGGCUAGGGAUGUGCACCGCGCCCUGCACACCAUUUUGCAAGAGCAGGGUUCUCUGGAUAGUUCCCAGGCCGAGAGCAUGGUAAAGAAUCUACAAACAACUGGCAGGUAUUUGCGCGAUGUAUGGUGAUCACGAUAUCUGAAUGCAAGCCGUGGGGCGACAAAGAUAAUAAUAAAAAAUUGCGUAAACGUAGAGUUGUGGCUAUAAGAUAUUAUUGAAAGGGCCUUAUUUGCGCCAGCUUUCAUUAGUGCCCUCAAAAUUGAGGGGGUCCCUGUUGCUACCACAACAUUUCCUACAAUUCUUUUUUUUAUUAUAUUUUUCUAAUGGAUUCUUUUUGGUUCCUGUAAUUUAUAUACUGUUUAUAGUAGUAGACUAUGAAUUAAGUGUUUACUCUAGCUUUCUUGUAAUGUAUGAUGAACCUGAAAGAAAGGUUCUCAGACGCAGACAAUUCCUUGUAUUGUAUCGUAUGAACUAUCAAAAUGUUUGGAGGUAAAGAAAUUAUUUUGUGCAA